CCAAAAAACACGAAAGGCAAGGCCCAAAACGAAGCCAUUUUGUGAUUUAGAUCGGCUAGCCAAGCAACGUUUGUUCCAACUUGAAACUCUUGUCUACAUUUUCUCCCCCUUUUCUCUUCGUGUCUGUGCAAUUAAACUGUUGAUUCGAUUGUUUUGCAGUUAAUUCUUCAUCAAUGGCGGCAGAAGCCAAAGUCCCAUUCCCAAACUUCUACACCAAAACCCAACGCAUUGUCUUCCUAAUAGACUUGAACCCACUUCUCCAUCUCCAAGACCCAAAUCCUUACCUCAAAUCCCUCGUUUCUUCUUCCAAAACACUCCUCUCUUUCCCUCCUCUCUCCUCUUCUCUCUUCUCUUUCAAACCCUUCUUUUCCUCUCUUUCCCCUUUCCUUUCCUCCUCUAAGCUCCCGUUUCCUUCCCUUUCUCUCUCAUUCAACAGCUCAGAUUCCACCUUCAACUCCCUCACCGAUUUCCUCACUUCUAUCGCCACCACAAUUGACAGAUCCUCCUUCCCUUUGUGCACUUCUCGGGCUUCAAAUAUCGCCGCCUCCUUGCGCCAGCUCGUUCAUGACUACGCCUGGGACCCGCUGAUCUCCGAUCCGGUGGCCGGUGCGUUAUUUGAAUCUGAUGAGUCCCUUUUAAUUAGGUCUAAUUUGGUGGUUUUGUUGUCUCCGGUUUAUAGGGAGUUGAAUUGGCUACGUGAAUUCUUCGAUGUGGGAAUGGGUACUGAAUGUUUGAAUGAUUUGGGUGGUUUUGUCAAAGAGUUUUGUGGGGUUUUUGAGAGUGUCAAUGAUGCGUUUGUCAGUAGGGAUAUUCAUUGUUGUUGGGUUGAUUUGAAGUUUCAGCCUUUGGAAGAUGGAGAUUUAGAAAAUUCGGGGUUUGGGUUUUUGGAGAGUGGAAUUAGGAGUUUAGGGUGGGGAUUCCUUUCUUCGGAUUCUAUUGUUUUAGGCUCUGCUGUUGUUCCUUUUGGUUUGAUUUAUCCUAAUAUUGCUUUUUCAGCGAGCAUUUUUCAUGUCGAUGCAUCUGGCAGAAGGAAUGCCCAAUUAAGUCUUGAGAUAUUAGAUGCCAACGGGAAGCCAUUGGAAUGUAAGUGCUGUGAGCUUGAGUUUGUUGAUUUCGAAACCUGUUUGAGUAAUGAACAAAUGAGAGCUGAUAACCAUAGGAAUAGCUCCUUGUUGGAUCAGUAUUUGGAUGGAGUAACGAAAGUACAUGUUAGAGCGCUGAGGAGGUAUGAUGAGUGUGAGAAAUUAGAGGGACGCUUAUUGAAUCCGAUCAUCGUUUGUGAAUACUUGGGAAAAUCUAGGAAAUAUCGAAAAGAUGAUUUGGGUGAGUUUUGUGCUGAUAGAGUUCUUCAAAUACUUGCAAGGGAUAUGGGUGAAUCAUUGGUGAGAAAACCUGUUGGGAUUUGGCAAAUCUUCUUGAGUUUUCUUUAUAGGGAAGGUUACUGGGCAUUGGUAUCUCUUUCGGAUGGUGAUUCCGGUUUACAAGCCGGAAUCCUUAAGCCAUUCACUGUCUUUUCAGCUAUGCUUUGUAUAAUUGGCGAUGAGUUCUGCCCCAACAAGAAGUUUGUAGAAUAUGGUAAGGUGGAUUUAGCUGCAUAUGUUGCAAAAGGAGAUGAUAAAACUUCCAAGCUUCAUGUUGAUUCAAACAAUGCUCUCAGGCUUUUGGAUUAUCGAUUUCAGUCCUCACCUUCCCACAAGUUUUCUGCAAAAAGGAAGAAGGACAAAAGGAAGUUGCCCUUGCCUCACGACCUCACUUGGAGUGCCUUCUGUGAAGCAGCAGCUGAACAUUUGGAAAUGGAUUUAGAAGCAAGUUAUUUUUCUAGGAACCGUAACUCGAAGAAGUUAAAAUUUCUGAAAUGCUGGAUGAAGCAGGUUCAAAAACGUAGUCCGAUGAGCUUUGAGAUAACUGAGAGUGCCAUUCCAGUUCAGGAUGCCACAGAGGAAAUCAAUCAUAGACCAAUGGAGUUGCCUCAAGAUAGUGAACAACUGGAGUCUUAUUCUGCAUCGGCUGGAGAAGGCUUUUCAAGAGAGUUAGAUGAAGCUGGUAAUGAUUUUUGCUCGGGAUCUUCGGAAAAUUUCUUCAGUAGUCUCCCUGAUAAAAUUAAACAAGGGCUAGAAUCUGCAGAAGUGGAAUUAGGGGCUUUUGCAGAACGGCUCAUACAAUCUUCUAUUUAUUGGUUGUGUCAAAAACAUGAGACUGAAAUGGUUUCGGAAAGUCAAACCUCGCCGGUGAAAACUAGUGAUGCUUGUGCUAGCAAAGCUGUUGUUGAACUAAUCAAACUUCUAUUGAGGGAGCCUAAGGACUUAGUUGCUAUGCAUAAAAGGAAGGAUCCAUCUUCUCAGGCAUCGGAUUCAAAGUCUACUGGAUCUGCUUCAGUUAGUGUCGUUAGAGAAUAUGAAUUGCAGAUUUUGUUUCGAAUGGAGAUUCUUCAGUCGGAAGUUGGUGCAAUUCUCCAGGAGCCUAUGAAGCAGAAAUUUGUAAAACAAAUUUGCUCGCUAUUGGAGUCUAUUCAGUGCCAUCUUGAGGGCGGUUUUUUUGGUGAUUGGAGGCUUGACAAGUAUGUGGAGAAAAUCAUAAAGAGCAGGUAUUAUCUCUCUGUUGGAGAUGUUGUCGAUCGAAUCUAUACGAAGAUGGAUCUGUUGCUGUUUGAUGAUGGGGAUGAAUUGCCUAAUCAUGUACAAAACAGCAAGGACAGUAACCGAUCCUGGAAAGAGAAACCCGAGGAAGAUGUACACUCCAGAAGUUAUGAACCAGUUUCAAUAGAAGAGGAGUGCCCCCAACUGCAGAAACAUGAUAAAAAAAGAAGUCCCCUAGUAAUGAGGACCGAAGAGCAUGAAUUGAAACUGAUUCAGGCUCAGGAGAGGAGGGAGAGGGCUCGACGCUUCUCAUCUUUCACAAGUUGGAUGCCAGAUUUGCAGAGAGUUUGGGCUCCAAAGCAGCCUAAUACAAUGAAACGCAAGUCCGAUAAUCUUCGAAAACUAUCGAAAAGGAAAAACUGUAGCAAGGCAAGCUAUGACACUGUAUGUGAGACUCCAAUGACGGAAAAGAAGCGGUCAAGCCCGAACAGAAAUGCCAUUGAUGAUGAAGAAGAUAAUAGAGAUAGCAGACCUCACCCUCACGGUCCUGUCUCAAAGGCUUUGUUCCAAAAUGACAUGUAAUAAGAAUUAUGGUUUCCUUCCAGCAGCCAACAUAAUACGGUGAGGGAUGCCGAGCCCCUUGAAAGGAAGGUGCUUGCUGCCAUGAAUACACUAUUUAUUUAACAUUGCAUAAUUUAACCGUACUGGUUUAAUGUUAAUCAGUCUCUGAUUGUUUGUGAAGUAGUUAUGUAACCUGUCUUGAUUGUCAUUAACUGUUCAUAUGAUUAAUUUCAUGUAAAC